AGUAAAAAUAUCAAAGCUUUAAAAAGAGGAAUCCAAUUCUAAAUGCAAUGUUGUCCUUUGGUUGAUAUUUACUGGAAAUGUAAGAAGUGGCCCUUUAAAUCAAGUGUUAGGCCUAUACAAGUGUACCGCUACCGCCGACUCAUUCUCUCUACUAAAGGAUCACUCAGUUAGAGCACACUGUAUUCAGUAUACUUAACCAAAAAAAAAAAAAAAAAAAAAAAACCAUUUUGAUACCACAACUAGCAGAAUUCAUUCAUUGCUUAAACACUUGCUACUGCACUGUAACAAAAGAAGAAGAAGAAGAAGAGAGAAAAAGUUAUAAUAUGAUGGGUAGCUGUUGAUUUGGAGAAAAGUUGAGACCCUUUAUGGUUCUUUCUUGCAAUGGAGACACAGAAUAAUAUAUCAGAAACCCUAGAGGAGGGUUCUGUGGAGUGCAAGCCAUUUCAAAAUGAAAACCUAGAUGGUAAAACCCUAGAAGAGGUUUCUGCUCUCUCUAGAUUAAGUGAGAGUUGUGCUGGUUCUAAGUUGGUCACCGAUAUACCGUUGAGUGAAUGUGUUGAUGUGCUCAAGAAGUUAGCAAAUGAGGGCGAUAAUGUUGAGUUAGAGGGAGUGGAGUUUGAGCAGAAGGUACUUGAUGGACGUGAUAACGCUGAUUUGGAGGGAGUUAAGAGUGAGAAGAAGCUUGAAAAUGUGGAUGAUUACAACGAUUUAGAGGGAGUUGAGGUUGAGAAGAAGUUUGCAGAUGGGGAUGAAAAUUAUGCGGGAGUUGAUUCUAAGGAGAAGCUAGUGGAUGGGCAGGGCGGAGUUAAGAGUGAGAAGAAUCUUGAAAAUGUGGACAAUUAUAACGCUCUAGAGGGGGUUGAGCUCGAGAACAAUUUCGGAGAUGUAGAUGAUGCUAUUGACUUAGAGGCUCUUGGCCUGGAGAAUGAGGGUGUUGCUUUUGAGAAUCUGAUGGAAGGAGACACUUUGAAACAUGAAACUCAGGCGUUGGGGUCGAUAAUUCCGGAGACUAACAAAACAAAAGAUGGUGAUGUACUGGGUGCUGAAUUUAAUGAGUCUCUGCUUAAUGGGGGUGAGGAGGUUGAUAUGGUUGAUGCUGCAGAAACAAAUUCAAAUGCGCAUGCAAAUGGUUCUCCGAGAGAGGUACAAUUCUCUGGAGAUGGUAUUUCUCUGACCGUGGAUGUAUUUGGUCCAUUGGAUGGUUUUUACCCAGUCCAUAAUUUGGAUGGACAAGUGCUGGGCGAUAGCGGUUCAGAUUCCAUGGUUUCCAUGAAAAAUGACAGCCCUAUGGCUGUCAAUGGAAAUGAAGCAGAAGUAGAUGCCAGUGAAAAUCAAGAACACAAUUUUGCUAUGGGUGACUUGGUAUGGGUAAAACUCAAGACUGACUUGUGGUGGCCCGGAAUGAUUUGUGAUCCAUCUACAUCGAAGGAUGCUGGGAAGUGUGAUAAUAGGGGCUUUUUCUUUGUUAAGUAUUUUGGCAACACUACUUCUGGUUUGUGCCAGCCGUUCCAGUUGAAGCCCUUUCUAGAUUAUUUUGAACACAUGUCUCGCCAGAAUAAGUCUAGAAGCUUUUAUGGUGCAAUAGAGAAGGCUUUAGGUGAGAUUGGUAGGCGUGUAAAACAGAAGAUGACCUGUUUUUGUUUUUCAAAAGAAAAUCAAGUUGCUGCUCAAAAUCUUUCAAAAGAAAAACAUAGUGUUUUUUCGGCAUCUCAAUUUGAGCCUGCAAACCUUCUCAACUUCAUUAGAUUACGUGCUUUGGAUCUAUGUAGCCCAGGUAGUAUUGAGUUUACAGUCAAUGAGAGUUACCUAUCAGCCUUUAACUGUUCAAUGGGUCAUAAGCAAUUGCCUGUCUAUAAACUCAGACCAACAAAUAUUGCCAAAGAUAUCAGUAAUGGCCAGCUUUGUAGUGGUGAUAGUGUCCUUAAGAGCUGUAAAAGUGAUUCUGAUGAUCGUAAAACAACUGAGGUGGAGAUGUCUGGCUCAUUAGAAUCUCCUAGAGGUAUGGGGAGCAUGAUAUCCUGUUCAGAAACUGCAAACGGAAGUGCUGGAGGAAAAUCUGAAAAAGGAUUUGAGUCGAGAGAACGGAAGAAGAGCAAGUACCUAUCAUAUCCUUAUGUGAACAGCUGGAGCCGUAAGAAUUCACUUGGUCAGGAAGAAGAUGAAACUGAAGAUCAUGAGGGAAUUUCUCUUGGUGGAAUAAAGAGCUCUUCUGGUCCAUCUAUGGUCGCCACUCCAAUUGGUAAAUGCAGUAACUCACUAAGGAAACCAAGAAAAUCUGUUAAUUUCAAUGGCAUUUGCCAUAGCAAUGUUGGGUUUGCCGCUGCUUCUUCAGCAGAAGUGCUCCAAGAGCUCCGUCUGACAGCUCUUGAUUGCUUCUCUCCUAGUCAAAGUACGUUUUCCAUUCCAAUUAAGGAAUUUUAUUUAAGUUUUAGAAUAUUCAGAAAUCCUGAAGUUGAAGUUCAGAUGGAUGAUAUAAAUGAAGCGACUUUAGGGUGUCAGGAAACUUUCGAGUCUCCACUGGGUACAAAUGUAUCUGAUAAUCAAGUAAAAGAACACCUUCCUUCUAGUGCUUUCCCCAAGAAGAGAGGUAGAAAGAAAAUUGAAGAUAUAAAUGCAACUGCCCUUAUUGGUUCUGUAGAGACGGGAGCCGAUUCACUCAAAAAAGGAAUAGUUGGCAGAAAGAAAAAGAAGACGGCAACUGCAGCUGUGGUUCAUCAUGAGAUUGGGGUUUUGGGUGGACUACCAGACUUGAAUGGAAAUAAUGCUGGCUUGUCAGUUGAAAAUAUGCAGGUUAUAGGUCCUGCCCCUACUCAAGGUAAACUUGAACCUAAGAGGAGGAAGAGGAAGAAGGAAGAGUUGGUUUCUGAGAUUGGUGUAUUGGGUGGACUACCAGAUUUGAAUGGACAAGUCACCGAUCCCAACUUGAAGGGAAAGGACUUUGCAGAAUUGAGUUCAGUCACAGUUCAAGAUAAACCCAAGCGUAAGAGGAGGAGAACCACUAAAUCUGCCAUCGGGAUACCCAAUCCUAAUGGAGAUCAUAAUACCCUUCUGCUUAACUUUGGAUUGGGUUCCUCAGUGCCUUCUAAAGAAUAUAUCACUGCUACAUUUUCCAGGUUUGGUUCAUUAGUGGAAUCCAAAACGCAGUUUCUAGAUGAUUCCACUGCCCAGGUUGUCUUUGUAAAUGAUUGUGAUGCUAUAGAAGCCUUACAGAAUUUACAAAGCAGAAACCCGUUUGGACCUGCCCUUGUCAGUUAUCGCCUCCGACAUGUUUCAACUUCUAAUAACACACACAAGUCACUGCUGCCCGCGGAUGUACUCAAGCCCCUAGCUGCACUUUCUGGAGCUUUACCUUCAAAUGGAGAAGGACCUGAUCUUGUCGUCAUAAAACAGAAUCUGGAGGCAAUGACAACAAUGCUUGAGAAGGCUGGUGAUAAUAUUUCCCCUGAGAUGAGAGCCAAGUUGGAAAGCGAGGUGAAAGGCUUCUUGAAAAAGGUAAGCUCCAUGGUUGGUUCUUCCUCGUCUUAGCUGAUAAUAAAUGUAGUAGUUGUAUCUAAUUAAUUAGGAUUUUUAUGUGAUGCUAGCGACUACUGUUGAGAACAUUGUUUGGUAUUUCCCAUGUUUUUAUCUUCUUCCUUCACUACUGUUGAUUCUCAGUAGAACUUACUGGACGUUCCCGUUACUGUGUUGUAAUGUGGAGUUGUAUGUACUUGUAACUUUCAACCAAGCACUUUUUAGUAAUCAAGACGGAGCAUGACGCCACUCUAUGCUCCUCAGAUAGCCUUACCCUGGUUACUGUCCUAA